UAAUGACGUCGCGCUAGUCGGGCUCACACACACAGAGACAUCAUGGCGGACGUGUUGGAUCUUCACGAAGCGGGAGGAGAGGACUUUCCUAUGGAUGAGGAUGGUGAUGAGAGCAUCCACAAGCUGAAAGAGAAAGCCAAGAAGAGGAAAGGACGAGGCUUUGGCUCAGAGGAAGGAGCCAGGUCCAGAACCAAAGAGAACUACGAUACUGUGGAGCAAGACGGGGACGAGCCUGGUCCCCAGAGAUCCGUGGAAGGCUGGAUCCUGUUUGUGACCGGUGUACACGAGGAGGCCACGGAGGAAGACAUCCACGACAAGUUCUCAGAGUUCGGAGAAAUCAAGAACCUGCAUCUCAACCUUGACCGUAGGACAGGUUACCUCAAGGGCUACGCGCUGGUGGAGUAUGAGACGUACAAAGAGGCCCAGGCAGCCAUGGAGGGACUGAACGGUCAGGACAUGAUGGGGCAGCCCAUCAGCGUGGACUGGGGGUUUGUCAGAGGGCCCCCCAAGAACAAGAGAAGGGCUGGCGGGCGGAGACGCAGCAGAAGUCCGGACAGGAGGCGGCGUUGAGGAACUCAUCUCCUCCGAGGAAGCCGCAAACUUCUGAAAUUCUUGUACAAUAUAUUUUGUUGUGCGACCACCAUUUGUCUAAACUAAAAAAAAAAAAUAAUAAAUUGACCUAACGGCAGCAUUUGCAGGUGUUUGCAACUUGCUCGUGCUGCUGCUGCUGUUGUUGUGUAGAAGGACGUUCAGAUCUUGUUAGUGAAGCUUUUGUUUUUACUCAACACAAACCUUGGCAAUAGGACACGCCUCAGGUUGUUGUUUUGUGCAUUUUAUUCUUUGUUCAUGGAACUUUGGAGAAACAUUAUUAAACUUUUUUUUGUUUUGUUUAAAAGCUAA